AUGGAGUCCCUCCUCAACGCCCCGCCUACCCGCAUAGCCCUCUUUCUCCUCCUCCUCACCCUGAGCAGCAUCCUCCUCCUCACCCGCCUCCACCGCGCACACAUCCGCCGCCGAUUCGCCCACCAGCAUGGCUGCCAACCCAUCACCCACUACAACAACAAAGACCCCAUCCUCGGCCUGGACGAGAUCUACCGAGGCAUCAUCACCGCGAAGCGCCACAAAGCCCUGGAAUCCAUCACACAGCGCUUCCAGCUCCACGGAAACACCUUCGCCUCGCGCCGCCUCCUGAAAUACACAAUCGUCACCAUCGAGCCCGAGAACAUCAAAAUGGUCCUCUCCACCCGCUUCAAAACCUACGGGCUGGCCCACCGCCUCCCAAUCUUCCAGCCCUUACUGGGGGAAGGGAUCUUCGACACCGACGGCGCGCACUGGGCCGCCUCGCGCGCGCUCAUCCGCCCCAAUUUCACAAAGGACCAGGUCGCCGACCUCGCCGCCUUCGAAUCGCUGAUCCCCUCCCUGCUAGCGCACAUCCCCCGCGACGGGGCCACGGCCGUCGACCUCCAAGACUUGUUCUUCCGGUACACGAUCGACUCGGCCACGGACUUUCUGUUUGGGCAGUCGGUCGGCAGUCUGAAGAUGCAGCGCAGCGAGUUGGAUUUCGCGCAGGCGUUCAACUAUGCCCAGGAGGCGAUGACGGUACGCGCGAUUCUCGGGCCGUUUGGGCGGUUCUACUACGAUCAGAAAGCGGAGCGGUGUAAUCGCGUCUGUCGGGAGUUUGCGAUGCCGUUCGUUGAGGAGGCGGUUCGGGCUGUUCAGGAUGGCGGUGGUGGUGGUAGUGGCAGGAAGAACGAGAAGUAUAUCUUCUCGCAUGAGUUGGCGUCACGGACGAGUGAUAAGCGUCGGAUAUUGGAUGAGUUGAUGAAUGUGCUCCUCGCGGGGAGGGAUACAACGGCUAGUCUGCUGAGUAAUAUGUUCUUCAUGCUGGCGAAACAUCCAGAGGUAUGGGCGAAAUUGAGGCAGGAGGUGGUGACGAAGUUGGAGGGGCGGUUGCCCUCGUAUGAGGAGCUGAGGGGGUUGAGGUAUUUGAAAUGCUGUGUUAAAGAAUCGCUCCGACUACACCCCGUCGUCCCGAUGAACGAUCGCGUCGCGGUGAGGGAUACGGUCUUACCAGUUGGAGGUGGUAAGGACGGGCUCUCGCCGGUCUUCGUGCCCAAGGACACGAUUGUUGCGUAUAAUGUGUACGCCAUGCAUCGGCGGGAGGACUUCUACGGUGACGACGCGGAGGUCUACCGGCCGGAACGGUGGGAGGAUGGGCGGCUGCAGCCGCGAUGGGAGUACCUGCCGUUCAACGGGGGACCACGGAUCUGCAUCGGGCAGCAGUAUGCGUUGACGGAGGUGGCAUAUGUGACGGUUCGUCUGGCGCAGGAGUUUGAGGGGCUGGAGAGUCGGGAUCCGGGCCCGUGGGAGGAGUCGUUGACGCUGACGGUGUGUUCGCGCAACGGGACCAGAGUGUGUUUGACGCCGGCCUGA